AUGCACAUUCAAUCUUGGCUAGAUUGUGGGGCUGACUCUUCUGCAUAUCUUUCAACAGCAUUUGCUGGAUCUGUCUUGUUUGACAUUUUCUUAAUCUAUGGCAACCAAUUGGCCUAUUCUAGGCAAGGUUGGACCCAACGCAACUUGGCGCUGCAGUAUAUUCGUGAAAACUACAGUCCAGAAACUGAUGCGGUGCUGUAUUUUGCUGACGAUGAUUACUCUUACGAUGUUCGAUUGUUCGAUCAAUACAUACGGAAC